CAUUAUAUGUAGUCUUACAAUUUCACCUUUUCCCGCCUUUUCUUUUAGUACAAUCUUUUUUUUACAAUGUUUAUUUAUUUGAAAUUAUUUGUUUGUACUGUAUUUUAAAAAGAUUAAUGUAGCAUUCAUUUAGAAGAAACAUGGCUGAUCUAAAAAGUUUUCGUGCUGAAGUGAAUAACGCUUUCAAGCUUAAUGGUUUUAUAAUACGUCGGGAGGCGACCACAUUCAUCACGGAACAACUUUUUAGUUUAUCAAAUCAAGAGCGACAAAAAGUUUUGGAAAAAUUAACUGCUCACUUAUUACGCCAAUGUCUUUCACAGCCGGUAUUGGAGAAAGAACACAUAGAAGUUGCUUAUAAAGAAUGCACUUCUCUAGGACUUGAAGAGACUGAAACUGUGUUGAAUGUAAUAGAUUCAUUUAGUAUCCCAAAGUUGAAUUAUGACAAUGAAAGGAAGAAGUUCGUGAAAGAUACGUAUAAUAGUAAAAAUUUGUAUCCAGAACCUAAAUGGAAGGCUCAAUACUUAAUAGAUAGGUACAUGAUGAUAUGGCAAAGGACUGUACGUAACAAGUUGUUCGCGUUGGAAGCACUACCUACUAUGACUGAAGAAAAGCGAUUUCAGUUGCGUAAAAUAGAAGUAUUACUUAGUUCUUCCAGUAAGAUAGAUGAGGUAAUAGUCUUAGGACUUUUAACUCAAUUAACCGAAGGGAAAUACCAUUUGGAAGAUCCAACGGGCAGUGUGUUAUUAGAUAUGUCAGAGACGAGGUACCAUUCAGGCUUAUUUACUGAGAACAGCUUUGUUUUAGCUGAAGGUUAUUAUGAUGAUAAAGUUUUACAUGUUAUGGGCCUUGUGCUACCUCCAUCAGAAUGUAGAUCUGUCUCAUUACCUUAUUUUGGGAAUUUAAAUACUUUUGGAGGUAAAUCUAAGGGUUUACUGAAGAAUUCUAAAAAUCUAUUAAAGCUGGAACAGGAAAAUGAAGAUGGUAUGUUAAUAUUCCUGUCUGAUGUUUGGUUGGAUAAUUUGAAAGUAGUUACAAAUUUAAAAACCUUGUUUACUGGUUAUAAUGACUUCCCACCAAUUGCUAUUAUAUUUAUGGGUGAAUUUUUGUCAUGUCCAUAUGGUUAUGAACACAGUGUACAGUUGAAAGCUGCUUUAACAAACUUGGGAGACAUCAUUUACCAGUAUCCAAAAUUGAGGGAAUCUUGUAAAUUCAUUUUUGUGCCUGGAAAAGGCGAUCCUGCUGCAGCUAAUAUACUUCCAAGACCACCAAUACCAAACUCUAUUACGAAAGAUAUAAGAGAGAAAUUAGGUGAAUCCGUAAUAUUCACUACAAACCCUUGUCGUGUUCAGUACUGUACACAAGAACUGGUACUAUUAAGACAGGAUUUGGUUACGAAAAUGUGUAGGAAUUCAAUACACUUUCCAGAGUCAGGAGAUAUACCGGACCAUUUAACAAAAACUUUAUUAAGUCAGUGUACAUUAUCGCCUCUGACAUUGGGAGUGCAGCCGAUUUAUUGGCAGCAUUCGGAGGCCUUAAAUCUUUAUCCAAUGCCUGACUUAGUGGUUGUUGCAGAUCAUUUCCAACCAUAUACUCGAUCAUACCAAGACUGUCAAGUUAUCAAUCCAGGAUCGUUUCCUCGGACAGAAUUCUCAUUUAAGGUUUACAUACCAUCAUCUAAAACUGUUGAAGACUCGCAAAUACCUAAAGAUGAUACUUAAAUUUAAGAUGUACAGGAAAUAUAGAACAU